AUGACUUCACCUUCUAGACGUAAACACGUACGAUUUGAUUGCUCACGUUCAUCUUCUAUUAUCACUACUACUACUUCUACUACUACUACUACUACUACUACUAUCACUGCUAUUACUACUACUACAGCUACUUCAUCAUCAUCACAAUCAGUAUCAUCAUUGUUACAAAAUUAUUCCGGUUUCGAUAUCAAGAAUAGUUCUCAAAAUUUAAUUCAGUCAUAUUUUCCCACUUUAUCGUUUCCAUCAUCUAAUACUAUAAUAAAGGAAGCAUCAUUAUCAUCUCUCAUUACUCCAACAUUAUCAUCAACAUUAUUAUUCCAUUCACGGGAUUCUUCCAAUUAUCAACAAACUUACCCACAACAAACUUUGCACUUGCCUAACUCCGCCCUACCUCAAUAUUAUCAGCCGAAGUCAAUUAUCAGGAAUAGCCAUAUCUUCAAAACAGCUGCUGUUGAUCAACCAUAUGAAAAUACCUCAUCAUCCAUUCCUUAUUCCAAUAUCCAAUCUCUAAUUUCAAUAUCACCACAGCUACAAGUUACAACGAUCUCUUCAUAUCUCGCUAACAGCAUGAAUUAUCUGUCAAAUUUGGAUAUGGUUAAAUCUUCGAGAUCACAAUCGCAACCACAUCAG